AUGCGCAAGGGGAAGAAGAAAGAGGAGACUGAAAGGGAUCGAAUGGAACGGCUGAACCGGGUGCACGACGACAUUGACUGGGUUGGACUGUACAACUCCGAUAAGCUGUCGUCCUUGAGGGUGGACGAGCUAUCCUUGUACUUUUCCCAUCACAAGAUCACCUUCAAAGGGAAGAAAGCUGAGAAGGUCGCAAUGAUCAAAGCGCACAUUGGCAGCUUGCUGUACGAUUCAAUGGAGUGUCAACAACCUCGGCAGCCCCUGCUAAGAAAUAUGCAGCGACAAGUGACCUCGUCACUUUCCGAGGUUGAAACUGACUCGCAAAGUGAUGCAGCAGAUCAAGCUGUCGGUUCAAGCCCGAGUAGCUUAGGUGACGAAUCGUCACCGGAGACUGAUUUUAUACCAGAACCCCACGCGGAACAUUACCGCCGUCAAAAUAUGGACGAAGGCGGGCACGGGUCGAGAGAGACGAUUAUGUUAGUUAGGAGAAGAUAG